UAGAAAUGUGUUCAAUUGAAAAAAUUUUAGUGUCAAUAGUUUUGUUCACCAUUUUACGAUUGGAAACAUAUCUUUGUGCAAAAAACAAUAGCAAAAUCAUAAUGGAGGAUGCUAAGGAAAAUUAUAAAUUCUUGAUAACCGGCGGUUAUCGUCCUAAGAUAGAUAAUUUGGCAAAAUAUGUUGUCUCCAUACGAGGAAAAAAAUAUCAAUGGUUUUUUGGAGAUGAUCACAAUUGUGUUGGCUCCAUAAUCUCACCCAAAUUUAUUCUGACUGCAGCACAUUGCGUUUGUAUGAUCGGUACCCGAAUAGAAUUGAGACCGUCUGAUUUAUUGGUCAUAGCUGGAACUCCGAGGCGCUUGGUUGUUACUGAAAAAACACAAGCCUUAAAAGUUGAUAAAGUUAUUAGACAUACCUACUAUUGCCCUAUAACUAUUCGAAAUGAUAUUGCUUUGUUAUUGUUGCUAAAAAAUAUAUAUGAAGACGGUGUUUCAGCACAGAGGAUUAGUCUGCAAACCAACUCAUUGCCUCCGUAUACAUUAUGCACCGUGCUUGGCUGGGGUCGAAUUUUUAACUUGGGUCCAAUGCCAGAUUUAAUAUUACAUGCUGAUAUUUAUAUUUUUCCAACCGAACUCUGUGAAGUUAGUUAUAGACACUUUGGUUUUGGCAUGAUGUGUGCUAGAGAUGUGACUGAUUCUGGGAAAGAUUCGUGCACUGGUGAUUCAGGUGGUCCGCUGAUAUGUAAUGGCAGUGUAACGGGUAUUGUAUCAUUUGGAUUUGGCUGUGCUGUACCCUACCGUGCUGGUUAUUAUACUAAUGUGACUUCGUAUCUCGAUUGGAUUCGUGAGAAUGGAUUCAGUAAAUUAAGCUCUGUAAACUUUCUCUCGCUAAUUGUGUUACAAAUUUUCAUAAUAGAAGGAAUGUGA